AUGAGAUGGUUACAGUUUUGUUGAGGUUUUUUUGUAAAUAAACUAACAUUAGUAAUUAUUUAGGUUUUGCUCCGUCACAGUUUUAUGAAUUUUAACUAAAAUAUGUCCAUUGAAAUGAUUUUUAAGUUAACGGGACUUGUGGUUCUGUCAAGUUUACCCUUUUUGUUUACAUUAAAUGGUGACUUCGUUUUCGACGAUUCCGAAGCUCUAUUGAAAAAUAAUGAUAUCAAAUCAGAAUCUUGGACGGACUGCUUUUACAAUGACUUUUGGGGUACAAACAUUAAAAGUGCCGUAAGUCAUAAAUCAUAUCGGCCUUUAACUGUUCUAAGUUUUCGGCUCAACUACAUUUGGAACAAUGGUCAGCUUACAGUAUUCUCUUUCAAAGUAACCAAUUUGUUAUGCCAUAUUGUGUGCUGUUUACUUGUGUGGAGGACAUUUCAAAAAAUUCUCAAUACAUGUAGUAGUACUUCAUUAAAUGCGAUUGACAUUAGUUAUUUUGCUACAUUGCUGUUUGCUGUGCACCCCAUUCAUGUGGAAGCAGUAUCUGGUAUUGUUGGAAGAGCUGACCUAUUGUGUGCGAUAACAUUUUUCAUCGCUUUUCUUCUGUACAAUAAAGCUAUGACUAAUGACAAGUUCUCAUUCGUAACUUUGCUACUUUCUGUCUCGAUGGCAGCAAUUUCUAUGUUAUUUAAAGAAAAUGGAGUUACAGUCUUGGGUUUCUGCUUGUUUUAUGAAGUAAUUAAUGCCCUAGACAAAAGUAAAGAAGAUCUCAAGAAUCCUAGAAACAUAUCGAGAAUGGGGAUACUAUGUGUAUCCAUAGUGCUAUUAUUAUAUGCCAGGUGGACUGUGAUGGGAGGCACCAAACCGAAAUUCAGCCAUCUUGAUAAUCCUGCAGCAUUUUCUGACAGUUUAUUUAGAAAGAUUGCAACAUACAACUACAUUUACUUUAUAAACUUUCUUAUACUUAUUUGGCCCCAAUGGCUAUGCUGUGAUUGGUCCAUGGGAUGUAUACCAUUGAUCAAAAAAGUCACUGACGUCAGACUUUUAUUUAUAUUGCUUUUAUAUGCAUAUGCCAUUGCAUUAUUAGUUGCAAUAUUUGAAAUAAAAAACAAAGUGUUUUCAAGGCCUCUUUUGCUGAGCGCAGCUUUAAUGGUGAUCCCCUUUAUACCGGCUGCAAACAUAUUUUACCCUGUUGGAUUUGUGAUCGCCGAGAGGAUACUCUACAUUCCUUCUGCUGGAUAUUGUUUAAUUAUUGUCAUAGGACUUAAUAAGAUUAUUUUGAGUAGAAACCAGUACAAGAUGGGUGUAUUUUGUUACGGUAUUUUAUUACUAAGCAUGGGACUUAGAAGUUGGCAGAGGUCAUACGACUGGCAGAAUGAGUAUCAGUUAUUCACGAGUGGUGUCUCUGUUUGCCCACGCAAUGCCAAGAUUCAUUACAAUGUCGCCAAAGUGGCAGAUGCCAACAAUGAAACUAAGUUUGCUAUGCAAUCCUACAGGCAGGCAUUGAGGCUCAAUCCUGAAUAUCAUCAAGCCAUGAACAAUCUGGCUAACCUCUUGAAAAACCAGAAAAAGUAUUAUGAAGCAGAAUACUACCUGAGAAAAGCUUUAAAAUUAGAGCGAGACUUCCCGGCAGCAUGGAUGAACUUGGGUGUAGUUCUGGCUAGCACAAAAAGAUUGGACGAAGCUGAAAGUGCUUAUAAAACCGCUUUGCAGUAUCGCAAAAAGUAUCCAGAUUGUUUCUACAAUUUAGGCAAUCUGUAUCUAGAAAUGAACAGGACUAAUGAAGCUAUGGAAAACUGGCUACAAGCGGUUCACCUAAAGCCGAAGCACGUCUUGGCUUGGACAAAUCUAAUCGCGUUAUUAGAUAAUACGGAGCAAAUGAACAAAGCCCUGCAAGUUAUACCGGACGCAUUGAAGGAAUUGCCCGACGCACCGUCCAUCAAUUUUGCUGUUGGCAACAUUUACGGCAAGUUGGGGCGGUUUGCGGAGGCGGAGCGCCACUUCCUGAGAGCUAUCGAACUAUCUGGAACCAAUGUUCCGGCUAUAUACUAUGCUAAUUUAGGUGUACUCUAUCACCGAUGGAAAAAAAUCGAUCUAGCAGAAAAUAUGUAUAAUAAUGCUUUGAAAAUUAAUAAUACAUUUAAAAGUGCAAUAACUAAUUUAAAUAGCUUAAAAAAAUUAAAACAACAGAAUUAAUAAGUAUUGUGAAUUUAAAUCCCUUCCUUAACACCUUAUAUCAUAGUAUCUGCUAACUGCUAAAUUAUUUAUGUAGGUACCUGUUAUGUAUAAUAUUUAUGUAUACCUAACCUAUCUAGUAUUAUGUAAAGUA